CUCUUUUUCCUUUUCCUUUGGGACCCACCUCCCCUCCCCCAGCAGACCUGUAUAUACCCUUCCCUUACUCUCUCUUUUCUCAUUCUUUCUCCCUCUUUCUUAUCCCUUCCUCCUACUCUUUAGCAACAAACCCCUUACAAAGAACAUGAUAACAGAAAGUAAAACCGCUCUGGGCUUAGUUACUCCCGGAAACUCUCAAGAAUCCAGAGACUCUUCUGAUGACGACGAGCCAAUCAUGAACACUACAACAAUUCAUUCUUUGAAUGAGACACUUUACGGUGUAGAAUGGAUCGACACCGAUGCCUCUGAAGACGAAGACUACCUUCCACAAAACCAACACACACUUGUACCGUCACCACCGCGCCGAGAUAGAAAACGGAGUCGGUCUAAUAGCCGAGAAGCAGAGUCGCCCGGUCAAAGAGUUCGGCGAGCCAUCGAUAUCGCAGUGGAUAGUGGCGUCGAUUUUGUUGACCUCAGUUGUUUGGGUCUCACCGAGUUGCCACCAGAGUUCCUGGAUGUGCGGUACAUAACAGUGAUCAAGAAGGAUACAGUCAAGAACACUGCAUUGAAACUGUAUCUCUCCGGAAAUCAAUUGACCGAGUUUCCUUCACAGAUCUUUGCACUCAAGAAUUUGUCCGUCCUCAGCCUACGUGGCAACCGGCUUGAAGUCCUUCCACCCGAAAUUGGUCUUUUGCAAAACUUGGUAGAAGUAUCAGUGGGCAAUAAUUUGCUGAAAUACUUGCCAUCCGAGCUGAUUGAACUACCAUUACUUACCAUCCUCAAUCUGACACCCAAUUCCUAUCUGGAAAGACGAUCCCAGCCGCUGCAACUGUCCGUUACAUCUGUACCUAGCCUUGUGGAAAUCAUGAGUCAGGAGUUUCUGAAAGGCUGCGAUAGUACCGCUGCUACUACUACCAUGAUGACCGAGGACAAAGAUGGUAGUAGCCUGAUACCGGGUGAGCUACGCGAUAGACUUGCAAGUGUAUCUUCAAUGAGCAAGUGUCACGCAUGUCUCAAGAAGUUUUGUCAACCCGCUGUGGAGCAGGUUGUAUGGCGGCAGGUGUUCGGCCGCCCGGAUAUUCCCAUCGCUUAUCGCUAUUGCUCUAUUUAUUGCAGUAACAGCAAUAACAUAAGCAUCAACACCAGCACUAGCACACCCAUUUUGACCUCGACCGCAACCAGCAACUAACAUUACCAUUCUUUGUCAUUACACAAAGCACCUUUUUCUUGAUACCCUCUCUUCGUUUUCCACACACACUCGCUCUCACGCACAACACUGCUGCUUAUUUUGUAUCGUUCCUUUCAGUGCCCAUCUUUCCUUGUGAAUAUUUUAUUUUGUUUCUUCCCCUACUCUUCCCUCUGCAACUUUUUAAAGAAACGCUUUGUACACAUCAGCAUGACACAUAUGCAGAACGCGCAAGUUAGCUUAGUUUGUUUGCGAACAAGAUAUAUAUUAAAUAAGAAAAGGAGAACGGGGA